UCUCCUGACGCGCACUCGCGCAGCCCCCGUUGCUCUAGGUGAAGCUCAACUCACUCACGAGCUUCAGAAUGAAGCAGGUGUCCAACAUGGCGAACACGAGCAACGGAUCUCUCGCAACUCUCCUCAUUUUAUUCACCAUUUCGGCAGCUAUCCACACAGGAGCUGCUCAGUUCCCAGUCCAAAGCCAGAAUCUCAUAGCGGACAACAUCUCUGUAGUGGAGGGAGAGACUGCCAUCAUAAGCUGUCGAGUCAAAAACAAUGACGACUCCGUCAUUCAGCUCCUCAACCCCAACAGACAGACCAUCUACUUCAGAGAUGUCAGACCCCUGAAGGAUGCUCGAUUCCAGCUGGUCAAUUUCUCAGACAACGAGCUGCGUGUGUCGUUAUCCAACGUGUCUCUCUCAGACGAGGGAAGAUACGUGUGCCAGCUCUAUUCAGACCCCCCACAGGAAGCCUACGCCGACAUCACUGUGCUAAUCCCACCAGGAAACCCAAUCAUAGAGUCCCGGGAGGAUAUCGUCAGAGAGGGCAACGAGACAGAGAUAACCUGCACCUCCAUGGGCAGCAAACCCGCUGCAAAGAUCAGAUGGAUGAAAGGAAACAAAGAGCUGCUGGGCAAAUCAAAAGUGGAGACCACAUAUGACAGGAUGUUCACUGUGACUAGCUGGCUGAGGUUUACUGUCAGGAGAGAGGAUGAUGGAGUUCCUGUGGUGUGCAUUGUUGACCAUCCAGCUGUCAAGGACUUCCAGACGCAGAAGUACCUGGAAGUACAAUAUAAACCUGAGGUGACGAUCAAGGUGGAGCUUCCGCAGGGCCUGAUUAGAGAGGGCGAGAGUCUGGAACUGACGUGUCAGGCUAAAGGCAAACCACAGCCUCAUCAGGUGAAUUGGGUGAAGGUGGAUGAUGACGUGCCAUCUCACGCGGUUAUCACAGGCUCAGAUCUCUACAUCGGAAACCUCAACAAGUCUUACAACGGCACUUACCGGUGUGUGGCAUCCAAUUCUGUGGGCGAAACGUACGCUGACUACAUCCUUUAUGUACGCGAUGCCCUUACCACAACCCCUAAACCCACAACCACCACCACCACCACCGCCACAACCUCCCCUCCAGACAUCACACAAGACGCUGCGCCUAGCACUGAAGCCGCAGCUCACGAUCAACAAGCAGAACCAGAAGCACAGAGAUUGGACCAUGCAGUUAUCGGAGGAGUGGUGGCCGUCGUGGUCUUCGCCAUGUUGUGUCUUCUCAUUGUUUUGGGACGAUACUUUGCGAGACACAAAGGCACCUACUUCACACACGAAGCCAAGGGGGCAGAUGAUGCAGCGGACGCCGACACAGCCAUCAUCAACGCCGAAGGGGGCCACAACAACUCGGACGAGAAGAAAGAGUACUAUAUCUGAGUCCCGAGGCCUCUGUUGUUCUUACUAUUUAGUUUUGUUUUGGGGCGGGAUGGGGCGGGGCAUGGGGAAACUGUGGGAAGAGUUUUUGUUUAUUUGUUUGAUUUUCUUUCCUGGGGAUUGAAUGAAGUAGAAUGCUAUAUAUGGGCAGCUGAGAAGAUGUAGGUAUUUGUGUUAAACAGCGGGAUCAGGGUCGGGGGUGGGGUUUGGGGUGGGCAGGAUACCAGACGUUGCCAGAUAUGAGUGUAGAAAGCAUCAACACACAGCACCUCCCCAACUGCUGGUAUUUUUUCGUUCAUUUCUUGACCAUUUGCAGAAAAUUCUGUGCCUUGUUCUGAAUUUCUUUUCUUAGUCAUGCUUUAAAAGCCAUCCAUCGUGUCACACCCAAACCCCCCUCCCUGAAAACACACAUACACCACCAUCUCCGAUUAUCGACUUUAUCAGCUUUCCUAUGAAGGUACAUGAGCGCACACCUCAAUACAUUCCCACAUACUGUGGGCAUCUCCAUCAAAACAUCAUAUCCUCUGUACUCAGCAGGCCUAGUCACAUGACAGCAUUUUGAUUUACUCAAGUCAGCAGCAUCAUGAAGGGAAGUACAAGCAGCUUCCUUCCUUCCAGUCCCUCAAUAAGUUGAUGUGACCGGCGGAGAAUUGAUCUUGAACAUUGCACCUGUUUUCAUUCUGACAGGCUGCAUCUGCAUCGCUGCAGAAUGAUUAUAUCUUCGGUUUAAAUCUUUUUUUUUUUUUUUUUUUUUUUUUAUACUGAAUGUGCCAGUACAUUUGAAGAAUUGCUACUGCUCAGAAAGAGCAUAGGUGCAGACAAACACUUCCUGCUACACUGCACCUUCGGAGGCUUCUCAUCUCGUUCUGCUCUGCUACACACAACCGAAAGCCCUUGCAGGUAUUUAUUGUUUUGGUAUAACGAUGUCUUAGGUUUCCUCAGCAUUUCCAUCCAGAAAUGUUUUCGCACAUGCCAUAAUGACGAAACAGUCGCCGUCACUGAAAAAGGUCUAAAUGCUAUGGCUUAUGUUUAAAUUUUUUUUUGUCUAAUGCUGUAGUUUCCCACGCAGGGCUGGUGAAGAUGACCCUCUAGCACACGUAAAUAACUACCUAAAAUAGUGUCAAAGCAAGACUUUUUGGAGUUUUAGAGCCUGUUUUGUUAGGUUGAAGGGAGGAAGCGCCACAACCAUCAUGUUUGUAGAUGAACAGAGAGAAAAGAUUUGGAAAUGAUUUGAUUACUAUAACUUUACUACCUUAAAAUGCAUUUUAACGGCCAAAAAACAUCUGCAUUUGUGUAUCUUGUUUGUAGGGCGAGACAGUGAGGAUGUGACAUUGAUGUUAAGCAGUCCAACAGGUGUGUAAUGGUAUAUGAUUGCCUGUCAAGUUAAUUGCCUGUUUGUUCUUCCUCAGAGGGAAUAGUGGCAAUCGCAGCUAGCUUUUCCUAGUGCUAUUAGUAUUUAAAUGUAAACUGCCCAAAUAUCCCAGACUCGUUGGUGUGAAAAAGCACCACGGCGACAUAAUUUCCUCUUGAAGUGUACACUGUGUGUGUUUUAUUGUUUAUAAUUGCUGUAAGUUGCUCCUCCGGGUUCCUCUUUAUGCAUAAUAUUCCUGGGCUUCAAAUGAGGUUAGUUUGAAUGGAGACCGAAACAGUCUUAUUACCAAUACAGUUUGAAAAAAAGAAGUCGAAAGAGCUUUUAAUAACAUUCCAAAUAUUUUAGGACAACCACCUGCAAUUUAAUUAGCCACAUUUGUGGAUUUUCCCCUUUAUUUACAGUCGUUGUCAACACAUGACGCUAACCAAAAAACUCAUACUCUCUUCUCUCCUGUGAGCGCAUUAGACAUUUCACCAGAGCCUAGCUUCAAACGCAGCGUACACAAUGUAAGGCGGCUUAGAUUACUAAAGUACUUUUCCUAAAAAGAAGUAUUUCUUCUCAUUUCCUCAUGACUCUCUCUGUAGUGUAAGUGAACUUAAAUGCCAUAGUUUAGGCCCUGCUGAACUCAACCUCAGUGUGUAAAUAAAACUGCGAGGCUGAGGGGGGAAAACACACUCUUCUUUGAUUUCUUUUCUUUAAAAAAAAAAAAAACACAAGCAUCUACUGAGACGUUUUAGGGUAUGUGCAUUAACCAUGAGAAACACUUUGGACGCUUUUGGACUUUUGACGUAGAAUAUAAAUCCGAGGGAAUGUCUUGCAGCUUGAUGGUUGCCGUUGCAGUUGAGAUAUACAGUUGUGUGGCUUGUGCUUAACUAGUGAGCAUCAUUUAGCUUUGGUCUGGCAGCUUCUGAACAGGAUUUCAGACAUCCCUUCUUCACUUUUGCAUAUGUGAGAGACAUGACAUCAGUAUACUAAUUUGUGGUAUUUAGACUGGGCCGAUGUACACUUUGUUCAGCUUGUUAUGUUAGACCUGUUUUAAUGUGAUUAAUGUGGUUUAAUCCACUCUAGUAGGCAUCUGAGGACUUCGAUGGGAACACACGGUCACGCCAGUGAUCUGUUUUGUCCUCUUGUACAGCAAGUUUGGAAAAGGUCUAAUUGAAAGUGUCCAAAUAUAACUGCUUGUUUUGAGAUGUGAACUGGGUACGGUUUCGGUUUUGUCAUUUCUGUUGUCGUGUUUGAUUUUGUUGCUUUAAUAGUGCCCCUUGUUCGAUGCUGAUGGAACUUGAUUUCUUUUAUUUGAACUUGACAGUUUCAUUUAAGCCCUGUCUCAGGUUCACGGACAAUAAAUGGUAUGUUUGCAUCUCAGGUAGAAUGCAAAGUUACGGCCCCCGAUUAAGAAAGUGGAAAUUACAUGCAAACCGGAUCAAGCUGGAUCUCAAAUCUAAUGGUGAAUUUUACGUUAGAACUAUCUGUUAUGUAUUUUCUGUUGUUGUUGUUGUUGUUGUUGUUGUUUAUUUGGUGCAUUGUAAAAUGUGUAUGUAAUGUACACACUAUGUUGAGUAUUAUCUUUUUUUAGACCUACUUCACACAGAGAGGACAGGAAAGGACAAACCAACUGCUCUCAUGAUAAAAUUUAAUCAUUUUAUGGGUUUUAGAAACAAAAUAAAAAACUAAGCAUGAAGGUUCACCUGUAAAUCUAACCAUCAGUGGGAAAUGUACAAAUUAAAUUAUACAAAUUCACCCCCAAUUCGGCUAAAAAGUCAAAUAGUUCAGAAUUGCCGUGAGAGUGAGUUGGGGGCAAAGAAGUAACAUUCUGAAAUCAAAGUCGACAUGUUUCUCAUUCUGGUUCCAGAUAGUUUGGAAAGUUUUGAACGUUUAUCAUUUAUUGUUUUUAGGUUGGUUAUUUUUUUGUCUUUCUGCUGUACUUGGGCAAUGUUACUGUGUAUUAAUGAAGAAAAAACGAUAUCCACAUUCCCAUACACAUUUUGUAUUUGUUCAUAUUAGACAUUUUUACAAAAAAAAUAAAUAAAAAAAUGGAGAGUUCUUGUCUUAAUAAAAAAGAAAAGAAAUUAAUGUUCAAAGUAA